AUGACGCCAAUAGCAGAAGAUAAUGCAAGAAACCCUCAGUCAGAGGGUUCUUUUAAUUCGAAUGGUCAUUCAAAACCUGAAAGUAAACCAGAUGAACUUUUAAAUCCAGCUUUUAAAGAGUGGUCUCAGAUAUACAGCUUUAUUGAAUACAAUCCUGAUUCAUUUAGUGCAUGGGAAGAUUUAAUAGAAAUUUCGGAAAACCUCGAAGGUGGGUUAUCCAAGGCUUCAAGUAGCUCUGCGAUUAAGCUAUUUCGAUUUACAUUCGACACAUUUUUAAACAGAUUUCCAUUAGCGCAGGGAUAUUGGAUCAAGUUUGCUGAACUUGAGUUCAAGCUUGGGAAUACAGAGCAGGCAUUAAUGAUCUACGAUAAAGCUGUUAACGUCAUUCCACUUAGUGUUGAGCUAUGGACUCAUUACUGUGCUUUCAAAACCAUAGUCACUCCAUCGAUAAAGCAAGCAAGAGUUUUAUUUGAGAAAGCUGCUAACUGUGUUGGGUACCAUUACCUAUCUCAUCCUUUUUGGGACGAAUAUAUCAAGUUUGAAAAAUCUAAUGGAGACAGCUUAAGACUUUUCAAAUUAUACUUAAGAAUUGUUCAAAUUCCUUUGCAUCAAUAUGCAAAAUAUUUUUAUAAGCUAUUUCAGCUUGCUCCUAAUCUCCCGGUAAAGCAUUUGGUGUCAGCAGAAUAUCUUGAACAAUUUAACGCAGAAUAUGAAAUUGAGCAGUUAGAAAAAGAAGAAGAAGAGAGAGAGAAAAAGCUUGAACCUCAGUCUGAAGCUAACCCCAACCUUAGUAGCGAGUCAAAAAGCAUUGUUACAAAGCGACAACUGGAAGAAAAAAAGAAGGUUAUCGAAGCCGAUUUACGUCACAGAAUUUACAAUUAUUACUCGCGUUUAUAUAUCCAAACACAAAAAAAGGUUAACGAAAGAUUUCAAUAUGAAUCAGAAAUCCAACGUCAGUUCUUUCAUGUGUUAUAUCUCCCUGAAGAAGAAAUCCAAAACUGGCGGCGAUAUUUGCAGUUUAUGGAAACAGAAAACGCUGGAAACAAUAGGCUGAUUAAUAACGAAAGCAUGAAUGAGCUUGUUGCUCUAUAUGAAAGAUCGAUAAUUCCUUUUGGUCAUUACGAAGAAUUCUGGUUACGGUACACCAAAUUUCUUGUUGCCAAUAAUAAGAUUGACGAGGCACGCAAUGUUUAUCGACGUGCAAGCUUUGUUCUUCCUAUUGGGCGAAUUCAAGUCCGCUUACAAUAUGCUUUAUUUGAAGAAUCUUAUGGAAAUAUUGACAUUGCUAAGAAUAUUUUCUUGAGCUUGUUGGAUGCUUUACCAUUUAGUACAGAACUUAUUGUUGGAUAUGCUAAUUUACUCCAUCGUUCAGAAUGUGCUGAAAAUGCUAUAUCAUAUUUGGAACAAAAACUAGAGCAUUUCAAGUUGAAGUUGAUACAAUUAAACGGACAGUCUAAGAUUAUUAGUGAAGACAAAGAAGGUGGUAAUUUAAAUGAAAUAUCUUCACAAGAUACAAAAAUAGAUGCGGAUAUUCCAGCUCUGGUUACUGUGAUUGCAAACUCUUAUCUGGAAUGGCUCGGUUCCGUUUCUAAGGCUCGUCAAAUUUUCCAACAGUUUGCUCAAGAGCUUUCCUCGUCAUAUUACUUUUGGAGAGAAUAUCUACGGUUUGAAAUCGGUAUCGCUGAAGACGUUGAUAUUGACUAUGAUACCUCUAAAAAUGCUGACAGCCAUGGCCAAAAAGACGAAGAGUCCAUUUUCCUGAAAAAUGUUUACGAUCAAAUUAAAAUCGCAGCACUAGAGCCUAACCAAAGAAAAGACUUGGCUCACAUAUACAUGGUAUUUUUACUGAGCCAAGGAAAUGUCACAUCAGGAGCUACACAAAAGUAUUUUGAGAUAGAUAAGGAUGCUUACCUAUAA